UCUGGAUGUGUCAGAGGGAGUCAGGGCGAGUCUUGACUGCAGGCAUCGUCGACCAGGAUGCGCAUCAGUAUGACAAGAAACCUGCUCGUUUCUCUGAACGGUUUAUCGCUGACAGACGUCUGACAGCUCAGAUCAGUACACAAAGAAAACUGACAUAGUCAUAUCCCAAAAGACGACGUCACAGACUGGUUUAUCUUCAGGCCUUUUUUUUUUUUGACUCUAUCCUCAGUCCUGACGUGAACCCACCAUGUCCGGAAAGGAGCGCAGCCCCCGCCAUCGGCCAUGGUCGGUCUACCGGGCUAACACCUUUGAUCUUUCAGCUGAGAUGAUGGGGCUUGCUCUUUCAGGCAACAGUCAGGAUCCAGAUGAGCCGGUCCUGGAGUUUAGUUUGGCCUGCAGUGAGCUGGUUACUCCCUCUCUGGACCGUAAGCCAACCAGCUUUGUGGCCAUCAGCUGCACCACUCCACCCCAGGCCUUCUGGACCAAACAUGCUCAGACUGAAAUCAUAGAGGGCACCAGUAAUCCUAUCUUCCUGAGCAGCAUAGCGUUCUUUCAGGACUCGCUCAUCACUCAGCAGACUCAGGUCAAGCUUUCUGUCUAUGAUGUGAAGGAUCGCGUACAGGGCACGAUGUACAUGCUCGGUUCGUCCAUGUUUUCUGUGAAGGAGUUGCUGCAGGACAAACACCACAGGCUGCACCUGACUCUCAGAUCAUCAGAGAAUGAGCGAGUGGGAAACAUCACUGUCAUCGCCUGGCAAAUAGAGGAGAAGCGCGAGCAGAGGACACCGGUCGCAAGAUUACAGAGGGGUGACACUGUUAAUGGAAGGAUGGUCCUUCCUGUGGAUGAAAGCCUAACUGGAUCCGUGAACAUCAAAUCCAAAUCUUCAUCAUUAUGUAAAGAUCCCAUGCUGAAGGCAGUGUUUGGAGGCGUCAUGUCACGGACGUACCGUUUUCCCACUACGGACGGUAACCACCUGCGGAUCCUGGAGCAGAUGGCAGAAAGUGCUCUCUCCCUGCAUAUUCCUCGACAGUUUGUCAAACUUCUGCUGGAGGAGGAUGCUGUCAGGGUGUGUGAGCUGGAGGAACUGGGUGAGCUGUCUCCAUGCUGGGAGAACCUCAGGAGGCAGAUCAUCACUCAGUACCAGACCAUCAUUCUUACAUACCAGGAGACAAUAAGUGACCUGCAUGAAUACAAAGGUCCUUCAUUUAAGUCCAGCACCUUGAAAGCUGAAAAGAAGUUGGAGUUUAUUCCCACUAACCUGCAUGUCCAGAGGAUGAGAGUACAGGGAGAGACUGGCUAUGACAGGACAUACGAUGUUGUAACCAUCGGUGCUCCUGCAGCACAUCAUCAAGGUUUUAAAGGCUGCGGCCUCCGAAAAUUGUUAAUCAAGCUGGAAGAAGCCAGAAAACAGACUUAUGUAGAGGAAAGCUCUGCUAGCUCUGGUUCUAAAGGAAUGGCCUACCAGCCUCAGGAUGUUGUGAAAGCAACAGAGCUGAUUGGUCAAAUUAACACUCUGAAGACACAAGUGUGUUACUAUACUGAACGUCUAUCCCGAGCUGCCAAGGAACGCUCCGCUAAUGCUCUGGAAAGAACUCUGGCCAUCUUAACAGAGAAGACCCGUCAGUUGGUGACCGUGUGUGACUCCAAACUUUUGUCCUCGGCCAUCUUCGCCCUGGCUGCUGCCCGUCCAGAGUUAUCUCAACAAAGCACCCCUUCACCAUCCUCCUCCUCCCUCUCACCUUCCUCCCGCUCUCCAUCUCGCUCCCCCUCUCGUCACCCCGCCUCCCCUUCUCGUGCUGCAACGUCGCCGUCCCGGCAUGUAGAGGGCAGUGAAGGGAGUAAAAACAAGCGUGCCUCCAUGCAGGCAGAUUUGCAUGAGGAGGAGUGGGAGAAGGUUUGGUUAAAUGUGGAUAAAAGCCUGGAGUGUGUGAUCCAGAAGGUGGACCGGCUGCUGCAGCGUGACAAACUCCAGAGUGACAGCAGCUCUGAGGAUGUCUUUCUGCUCGCCAAUGAGGAGCCAAGUAACACUAAGAAAGAUUGCAGCCCAGAGGUUGAAAAGACAUCACCAGGGGAAUGGAGCACUGCACUGUAUCCUCUCCUCACCACGCUGGCAGACUGUGUGUCAUUAAUGAGCGAAAAAGCCAAAAAAGCCAUGGUGUUUCUACUGAUGCAGGACAGCGCGCCCACCAUUGCCAUGAGCCUCACACUACAUUAUCGCCGCGAUGUCGUCUUCUGCCAGACACUGACGGCUCUGAUCUGUGGCUUCGUUCUCAAACUGAGGAACUGUGUCUGUGACUCAGGCUUCCUCAAGCAGCUUCACACCAUCGGCUUGUUGGUUCAGUAUGAAAGUCUGCUCAGCACCUACGGAGAGGAGUUGGCCAUGUUGGAGGAUAUGAGUGUCGGAGUGAUGGACUUGAGAAAUGUCACCUUUAAGGUUACCCAGGCAACAUCAGGUUUUGGCCCAGAUAUGCUGCCAGUGAUCACAGGGAACAGGAAUGGCUUUAACGUCAGGGUCCCGAUGCCUGGAGCAAUGUUUGACACACUGCCUCGAGAGAUCCAGAAUGGGAUGCUACUUCGAGUGCAGCCAGUCCUGUUCAACGUGGGGAUCAAUGAACAGCAGACACUGGCUGAAAAGUUUGGAGACACAUCACUUCAAGAUGUAAUCAACAUGGAGAACAUGACACGCCUCAGCUCAUACUACGACCAGUUUAAAGAAGUUCUUCCAGAAGACUGCCUUCCUCGCUCCCGCAGUACCACCACUCUGCCUGAGCUACUCAAACUGAUGAGCCAGAACGUGAAUGCCAAGAAAAGCAAAAACGUGGAGAUCUUGUGGCAAGCAGCUGAGGCAUGUCGACGCUUGAAUGGAGUACGUUUCACCAGCUGUAAGAGCGCCAAAGACCGCACGGCCAUGUCUCUAACCCUGGAACAGUGUCAGAUUCUGCAGCAGGAGCACGGCCUGGCCCCACAGGUCUUCUACCAGGCCUUGGACUGCAUGCGCAGUGAGGGCUGUAGGAGAGAGAACACCAUGAAGAAUGUGGGAUGUCGUAAAUACGCCUUUAACUCUCUCCAGCUCAAAGCCUUCCCCAAACAGUAUCGCCCUCCAGAAGGGACAUAUGGGAAAGUUGAGACCUAAGUGGACUCUUCUGUCUCAUGGAAACCAAAAGACUCAGUGAGGAUAUGAUGCAAAGAAAAAUACCAUCACAAACUGGAACAACAGCUCUUUGUUUUGUGCUUAAGAUGAUAAAUGUCCAAGUGCCAGUGCUACUGUAGAUUGUUUUCUAGCAGUUUCCCCUUCCCUCUCUGUAGUGCUAGAUUUGCACACCUUUCACAGCCACUUAACAGAGAAAAUCCGUAAAGAUAUGACAUUCUGUGUCACAUUUUAGGUGGUGUGCAAGCAGUCCUGUGGUUGUACCAUUUGUAGCAUCAAGAGGUGUACAGCCCAUGUGGAUUAAAGUCAUUUUAACUUGUGUCCUAGAAAGAACUUGCAGAUGUCUCAGCUUUAAGACAUAAUGUGGCACAUAUUUUACCCCGUAUGUGUACUUGUCACUUUUGAUUUAAUUUGAUCCUGUGACCUUCUCAGUUAAAGAGGAAGAGUUGGUAUUUUUCUUUAUUUUAACUAAUCUGAUGCAGUAAUGAAAGCCUUAUAAAGCUAAAUAAUCUGUGCUGCAGAGCAACUCUGCUGCAUCAGUUGUGUUUUUCCAGUCAGAGCUUCUAUUAUUGUAAAUAGUUAAUUGAGUAAAAGAUGACAAGAUAUCUCAAAUGCAUUAAGUUAAAGAUGAUAAAAUCCUUUGUUUUUUUACUCAGUUUUUAAUUUCCAUCUUUAACAGUUUCAAACAAAUAAAGCAGAAGGGUCAAAAACAAAUUUGAGCAUCCUUCAAGUCAGUGCUUAAUGACCUCCUUUGGAAAGUCAUUCGGCUUGUAGACUUUUUGCAGCCUGCAAAUUUUUAUCUUUUAUUUUUCACAAAUAUCCCCUAAACCUGUGCUACUACUGACUAUUUGGCCAUCUUCAAUGUUCUGCUGUUCUUGAGGUCUGUUCAAUCUUUUUUUUUUUUUUCAUUAUAUUUUGGGACACUGAAGACACCAUCUUUUAUAUUCCACCAGUGAUGCAUUGUACGUAUUCAGUUGUUUUUAGGAUCUUUUUGUGGGGCCAUUUUCUUUUCAUUUUAUUUAAGCCAACAUAGGAUUAAUCCAGAGUUUAUUCUUAACAGAUCAUUCAUCAUUGUACAGGACUUGUUACCACAAGGCUUCAAGCUUGUUCAGAUAUUCAUAUACUUCAUAUACACAAGUGACAGCUUCUGGAGCUCUUUUUUUUCUGUUGCCUCUUUAAUGACAGUCAUGUUUUAUUAGGUUUUGCUCUUUCUGGCAAUCUAAAUAGCUGUUUUUUUAUACUUUCAGAGCUGAACUCAUACACUGUUACUGGCAGCGUCCUUUAUUUUGACUAUAUGACUGAUUGAAAACAGUUUGAUGUCUUCUUAUCGCCUUAUCAGUGUGGGCCUCAAUUGCUUUCAUUUUCAGGGCAUAGUGACAGGGAAGGAACAAAGCAUGUAAGUCAGACCAUUUGUAAAAGUUUGUCAUUUGCAUCACCUGACCUUAAUGGUGAGAACUUGAAAUGUUAUCUGAGAGCUGGAAUCUCCUUUGCAACAUGUUUCCUUCUUUCUUCUUUUUGCUGUAAAACACUUAUUCAUCUUUAACUUAAUGUUUUCAGAGUUUUAUCUGCUGCAGUAACUAAAAUAUUACAUUCUUCUGUACUAUGAGUUUAUCCCACAUCACCACACUGGUACUUUGUAAAUCCACUACUUAAAAUAUUUCUUAGGCUAAUAACAUCACUUACUCCUGUUUUGUUUCAGACUCUUCAAAGAAAAAAAAAGUUGUAUUGAAAUAAGCUUAACAUUAUCUGAUUUGUCAAAAUUAAAUUAAAAGAAGACCAUCAUUUGUAGCUGCCUAUGUAUACUAUAGGCAUCAAAGUAAAUGUUACUCAUCAUAGAUUUUCCUCUGAACCUAAACAUCACUGCAGGAUGAUAGCUGUUAGAAUCACAGGAUUCAUUUGCUCCAACAUCAUAUCACUUUGUAGAGCAAGCACAGGUCUUUACAUUAUACAUCUCACUCUAAGAUUUAUAUUGCUGUGUCUAAUGUCAUUUCUAAGGUUCCUUUAAUGCUAGACUGAAGGCAUAAGUGGGGAAGUAGUUCACAGUUUGUAGGCUUCAGAGUGGUGCAUUACAUUGUUUUAUAAUUCUAACAUAUCUCAAGAUAUUCAAGACAUUUCUGCAGGUUUGUAUGCGGCACUAAAUUGUUCAUUACAUUCAAAUUUUGUUUUGAAUGAAUCAAAAGUGUUUGUUCUCGGUCUUAUUAAAAAAUACAGGACUUUGUGAUUGAAAUUAAUUCAAAAUUUCUUUAAUUUGCAUGUAAAUUUAAAAGAAAGCCUUCUGCUCGACAUUAUUGGAGGUUCUGUUUUGUUUUUUGUUUUUUUGUUUUUUGUCUCCUUUAGUUCAGCCUGCCCUUGAGCACACACACCGAAGUUAAAUAAUGCAUAUUGCAUAACUGCACCAACUACCAACAGCACCUGUUCCAUUUAUCAGUUCCAGGCUCCAGGGGACCUUAAUGUACAAUACCUAAAGCAACAAAAGAUUUUAUUUUGAGAACUUUUGCUUGAAGUUAUGUUAAUGUGGCUGGUUCUGCCAGAUAUUGUCACAGUUGUACUGAGAAAAUUAUAACCUUGAUGCAAUCAGUUGUUGAGCAGGGUGCUUUGAAUGGACUGGACUGAACCUGGAUUAUUAGUAAAGGUUUAUUGAUGCCUAAUUUCAGUGUCAAUUAAGUGACAUUCAAAUAGUAUUUAUUUGUUUGAAGGCUAUAUAUAAUUUAAGGAAUAUGUUUGCUGAAUAUUGUGACGUUAAAUCAUUCAGUUAUUCA